UAUGAAUUAUCUUCUUUCGUGAGACAGAUGCCAAAAUGACUUUGAUGAAGAGGAACGCAUCCCAAUGAUCCUCAGUGAGUGUGGACACACUUUCUGAGCAGUAUGACUUAAAGAGAUCCUUCAUGAGGAAGAAGAGAAAAUAUGACCUGAGUGAACGUCUCCGUUUAGGGAAACAGAUGAAGCUCAGUUUCGACAAAAUAUUAAAAUUCUCAAGUUCAUGCGGGAAAGAGGGGAGAAGGAAUACGCGAUGGAUCAGAUGGAGGAUACCAUUGAGUGUACUAAGCACUUACGAAAACCUAUUGAAUACUUCUGUAAAACUUGCUCUACUUCUGUUUGUGUGAAGUGCAUCUAUGAUGAUCAUAAUGGUCACCAUUUGAUGCCGAUUGAAGAAAUGAGUGCUUCAUUGCUCCAAAAUGUGAAUGAUCUUGAAAAGAUGCUAAAUAACACAAAAUAGGUUAAUUAUCGAAAAUGAAAAUUUAAUAGAGCAAGUCAAAGAAGAACUUUCCAGAUUAAUGGACCAACAAGUCAAGAAUAUCAAUCAAGGGUUCAAUGACUUGAUCCGUAAGCUUGAAGAGAAGAAGCAUGAAAUUAUCUUGGAGUUUGAGAAGAAAUUUAAAAAGGAAGAACAGAAGUUUAUUAGUAAGCAGAACCAGAUCCGACAAGACACAGAGGAAAUCGCAUCUAUUGAAUUAAUUCUUAAAGAGCUUAAGCAAUUCACUGAGACGAAUAAUGAUGCUCAAAUUUUGCAGAAAAUUCAUGAUGUGACAACCUUCUUGCACAAAUCCUUUACUGAUUUGGACAUCAUCACUAAGAAACAGAUCUAUCAAAAAUCUGAAAUCUUUAUAGACCCAAAUUUCAAACCUCUGUCUUUGAAUGUAAAGAAAGCAUUAGAUAUUGUUAAGAAAUUUGAGAUGGUUUUACCUUCGAUCAACCAGAAAGUAAAGAAUCAGGAAAGCGCAAUGAUCAAUUCCAUGAGCAUGAAUCCACUCUAUGGGCGUCAAUCAAGUAGAAGCCAGAAUCCAGGAAUGGAAGGACCAGAUGAUUCUAUGAACCCUGCUGACCAGACUGAGCAAGUUGGAACAUCCACUGGAAGAAAUGUAAACAUGAUGCCGAUGUCUAUGAGCGGUCGGGGCUCCCAGGCUCCAUCCUCAAUGAGGCAACAACGACCUCCAAUGGAUUAUAGUGGAGCUGAAGAAACAGUUCCUAGGCCUCAAGAAGCUGAUGAUAAUGAGGAAAAUAAGGAAGCAGGUGUCCUCACCUGCUUUGGAGAUGCUAACGAAAUUCUUCAAUAUACUCUGGGAAGGUUUACCUGGAGCAAGAUGAAAUAUGAAAACAAUGCAGCAUAUAGCGGGUCUUUGAAAUAUAUUUCAUGUUGUGCUGCUCCGGAUGGAAGGAUAUAUCUCAUUGGUGGAGUUCUAAUUUCAAAUAACCACCCUUCAAGUACGUGAUAUGAAGUCAAUGCAAGUCGAGUCCAGAAAAAUGUUAAGAAGAGGAAUAUGCAGGUGAAGAGGUAUGCACAUUCUGCCAUUUUUCUGAAUGGUUAUGCAUAUGCUAUUGGAGGGUUCUCCCAUCGAGAUAUUCCCAAUGAAAGCCCAGUAACUUUAGCUUCUGCCGAGAGGUUCUCAAUUCAUGAAAAUAAAUGGUAUUAUGUUACAUCAAUGAAUGAGGCAAGAGCAUUUGCAGGCUCAUGAAAAAUUGAUAACCAAUAUAUUUACAUGUUUGGAGGUCUUCAUGACUACCAAGUGCUAAAUAAUAUCGAAAAAUAUGAUAUUAUCACUGAUACAUGGGUAAGUCUAUACUACAAGCUCCCAAUUCCACUUGCUAAGCUUGGAACAUGAACUAUCGACAAAGAUACCAUUCUCAUUGCUGGAGGAAUAACUGCUGAUUUUGAUACAUCAUCUGCUUGAUACGCACUUAGCUUAAAGACCAUCAAAUGGAAUAUGAAGCAAAGUAUGAAAACUCCCAAACUCUUGUCUCCAGGUCUCUUUCAUUCUAACGGCUGGAUUUAUACAAUUGGUGGUAAUAAAAAAGGUAAAUGUGAGAGAUACAACAUUGAAAGCAAUUAUUGGGAGCUCAUCCCAAGUUACAUUGAGAUCAGUGACUACAUUGACUUAUUUAACUGGACAAUGACUGUGACCUAA